AUGAUACGGAGAACGAAGGAUUUUAUUGAUUUGGAAAAACAUUGGAGUACUAUUCUCGAAAAAGGAAGAGAUCAGUUGACUGAUGCCCAAAUAACUGGUUUGAAAUUCAGUUCCCUAGAUGAUGGUGGAGAGUUUUAUAACACAUAUGCAAAGUUGGUUGGGUUUAGUAUUCGUAAAGAUGAGAUAAAGCAUAAUAAAGAUAACAUUGUGACCUCUAGAAGAUGGGUUUGUGCAAAGGAAGGGUUGCAAAUUAGGAAAAAUGAGUCCAAUGUAAAUUGCAUGCGUGAGAGACCAAAAACAAGAAGUGGUUGCAAGGCCGCUUUUCGUAUUAGGUUUGAACGAAAGUUAGGUGAAUGGGUGGUAGGAGAGUUUAAAAGGGAGCAUAAUCAUGACUUAGUUCCGCAAUUUGAGACUCAAUUUCUCCGUUCACAUAGGACUAUUAAGGAUUCUGAUAAGGCUCAGAUUAUAGCAUUGCAUAAUGUUGGGGUCAAAUCAAAUCAAAUCAUGGAUCAUAUGAUCCAACAAGCUGGAGGAUACGAGAAUAUAGGGUUCACUUCAAAAGAUCUCUACAAUUAUGUAGCGGCAAUUCGCAACAACAAUAUGCGAGAUGGUGAUGCUGAAUAUUCUCAAAGUCGUUUAGAUUAUGCAUGUUUUGGAGAUGUAGUCGCGUUUGAUACAACAUAUAAGACAAAUAUAUACAAAAAACCCCUUGUUAUAUUGGUAGGAGUCAACCACCAUCGGCAAACUAUAGUAUUUGGUUUUGGAUUAUUGGUUGAUGAGACCGUUGAAACAUAUACUUGGGUGUUGCAAAAUAUGCUUGUAGCAAUGAACAAUAAGACCCCUAUUUCAGUCGUGACAAAUGGGGACAAAGCAAUGAGUAAAGCUAUUAAAACAGUUUUUCCAAAGUCUCGACAUCGUUUAUGUGUGUGGCAUCUUGAAAGGAAUGCUUUUGCAAAUCUACAUGAUAAAGUAUAUGAAAGUUUUAUUAGGUGUAUGGUACGAUAUGUUACACCAGAUGAAUUUGAAGACAUGUGGAAUAAAAUGGUCGACAAUCACAAUUUACAUAACCAUGAAUGGUUGCAUGAAAUGUAUGCUAAAAAAAUGAAAUGGGCUGAAGCUUACAUGAGAGGUCAUUUUUUUUCUGGCUGCAGGAGUACACAACGUUGUGAAGCCAUGAAUGCAUUCUUGAAUAGAUUUUUGGAUAGGAAGACUAGGCUUUAUGAGUUGUUCCAGCAAGUUGAUAGAGCACUUUCACAUAUUAGACACAAUGAGAUGGGGGCAGAUUUUUCUUCAAAUUAUACUGAACCUAUUCUGAUUACUGGGUUAGCUGAAAUAGAGAAACAUGCUGCUACUAUAUUCACAAGGGAGAUAUUCAGCAUGGUUCAAGAAGAAUUAUUGAAUGAACAAAAAUUCAUUGUGCUUUACUACAUAGAUAAGGAAGGUUAUCGUACGUACACGUUAUCUCAGUAUGCAUCCCCUGACUCAAGAUGGGAGGUUGUGUAUUGUCAAGCUGAUCAAUCUAUGAAGUGCUCUUGUUUGCUAUUUGAGUCAUAUGGAUAUCCUUGUGGGCACCUAUUUGCUAUUAUGAAGGUUGAACAUUUGAAACAGAUUCCACCGACAUGUAUAAUGAACAGAUGGCUGAAAACAGCAAAGUCCGACCUGCCUUACAAACUUGAAUCCUAA